AUGUCUGCACCACCCAUGCCCGCUUCUCUCCAGAAGAGCCUCGACGGCAGCAAGGUCGAGUACGUCAACAUGGGCGCCUCGGGCCUCAGAGUCUCUGUCCCGAUCCUCGGCGGCAUGUCUCUCGGCUCCUCGCAAUGGGGCUCCUGGGUCCUUGACGAAGAGGCGUCGCUCGAAAUCCUGAAGGCCGCCUACGACCGCGGCAUCAACACCUGGGACACGGCCAACAUGUACUCGAACGGGGUCAGCGAGCAGGUCAUCGGCAAGGCGAUCAAGAAGUUCAACAUCCCCCGCGAGAAGAUCAUCCUCAUGACCAAGUGCGCCCUCCACGUCGGCGAGGAGGUCGACAUGCACACCCCGCCCUUCACGAAGCAGCUGAACCAGAGCAAGGACUACGUCAACCAAGGAGGGCUUUCCCGCAUCGCGAUUUUCAAAGCCGUCAAUGACGCCCUGGCUCGUCUGGACACCACGUACAUCGACCUUUUCCAAAUCCACCGUUUCGACCCGGCCACCCCCAUCGAGGAGACGAUGAAGGCGCUCCACGACCUCGUCCAAGUCGGCAAGAUCCACUACAUCGGCGCCAGUUCCAUGUGGGCGACCCAAUUCGCGCGCAUGCAAUUCGUAGCCGAGAAGAACGGCUGGACCAAGUUCGUCAGCAUGCAGAACUACUACAACCUCUGCUACCGCGAGGAGGAGCGCGAGAUGAACCGCUUCUGCGACGAGACGGGCGUCGGCAUCAUGCCCUGGUCGCCGCUCUUCGGCGGCAACCUGGCGAGGCCGCUGGGGUACAACGAGUCCGCGCGCUCCCAGAUGAAGUCGCCCAUGAACCCCGGCCUCACGGGGGCCGACGAGGAGAUCAUUCGCAGGGUCCAGGAGGUCGCGGGCAAGAAGGGUUGGAGCAUGAGCCAUGUCGCGCUGGUCUGGGUCACGUCCAAGGGCGCUAUCCCGGUGACGGGUUUCAACUCUGUCAAGCGGAUUGACGAGGCCUGUGAGCUUAGGGGGAAGACUUUGACCGAGGAGGAGAUCAAGUACUUGGAGGAGCCGUAUGUUCCUAAGAACAUCAUUGGACACUUCUAG